UGCAAUAGUCAAUGGGAUGACUCAAUCAUCAAUGCAUAAAGAAUUCAAUGGGCAAUGCUCCUUUCGCCGCUGUUACUGAGAUCAAAAUGUCGGAAAAGGUCAACUUGCAAAAGUGGGAUGAGUCCAGCGAUGGUCGGCUGACGAAUGCAAACAUGAAGAAGAAACUGGAGUCCAUGGGCUACCGAACUUGCCGGUACAUGUUUUCACCAGGCACGGACUUCCCAGACCACACCCACAACAUUACCAAAAUGGACGCCAUCACCUCCGGGAGAUUCCAGAUGGGCAUGUACGGACAGACUCUUGUGAUGGAGCCGGGUGACAUUCUUGAGGUGCCGAAGAAUACGGUGCAUAAUGCUAAAGUUGUUGGUUCGGAAGAUGUGACCUUCUUUGAUUCUACGAAGUAAGAAGAGGCGAUUCAUGGACAGUGGGGGUGGGUGGACCAAAAUUUGGGUGGGGCUUAG